AUGGAAGAGUUUCGGAUCCUGGGUCGGAUUGGUGAAGGCGCCCAUGGUGUGGUCUUCAAGGCCAAACACAUUGAGAGUGGUGUGGUGGUUGCGCUCAAGCGCGUCGGCUUGAAGCGCAUUGAGGCCGGUAUUCCUGUGGCACUGCUGCGUGAAAUCCAAGCCCUGCGUCACGUGCAACACCCCAACGUCGUGCGCUUGCACGAUGCAUUCGCUCACUCGGCCGCAUGUGUGCUCCGUGGCAUUAUUCACCGUGAUCUCAAGCCAUCCAACCUGCUGAUCAGCCCGCAGGGUCAGCUCAAAAUUGCGGAUUUUGGUCUGGCUCGGAUCUGGCACCAAGACCGCCAGGACGGUCGUCAAUACAGCCACCAAGUGGCAACGCGUUGGUACCGUGCCCCAGAACUCUUGUUUGGCGCCCGCCACUAUGACCUCGGCGUCGACCUUUGGGCCGUCGGCUGCAUUUUUGCUGAAAUGAUCAAUAGCGCGCCACUGUUCCCGGGCGAGAACGACAUCGAUCAGCUGUCCUGUGUGCUACAUACCCUGGGCACGCCAACGCCCGAAAAUUGGCCUGAAGCUUCUACCUUCCCAGACUAUGGUAAGAUCACCUUCGAUGAGACCCCUGGUGUACCCCCAGAGGAUUUGGUGCGCAACACGUCGCCGGAGGGCCGCACUCUCUUUGCCAGCUUUGUGCCUUACUCGGCCAAGCGCCGACAAAGUGCGCGGAGCGCCUUGCGAUCGUUGUACUUUUUCGAGGAGCCGCUGCCUCUUCACCAUUCUCAACUCCCCAGCCCUCUCCAACGCGAGGUCGGUGGACAGAUAAAUGACCCUGCUGCUUCCCAUGCAUGGGGUGCUGCGUACGAGCCUCACUGA